GGCAGUCACCAGGCACUACUCCCUCCCUCCCUCCUUCGUGGCACUCACUAUGGCACCACACCCAACACUCAUCACCAAGGACAAUAUCAAGUCAUUCCUGGAAGGUUUUGACACGGUGCUGACUGACUGUGAUGGAGUGCUGUGGCACGAGGACCGUCUGAUUGGAGCGGCACACACGACGCUCAACACACUGCAGGCCCUGGGCAAGAAAGUGUUCUAUGUCACAAACAAUUCCACCAAAUCCAGAGAUGAUUAUGCUGAAAAGUGUGAACGUUUGGGAUUCAAGGCUACCAAGGAGAACAUUCUGAGUUCAGCGUACGUGUUAGCACAGUACCUGAAGCAGCAAGGCUUUCAGAAGAAGGUGUAUGUGCUGGGCAUGGCAGGCAUUGUCAAGGAGCUGGAGGCAGAGGGAAUACACUCUAUUGGUGCUGAGCCUGAGGUGUAUGACGGGGGUAGUCUGACCGGCCUGAUGGACAAAAUAAAGCUUGAUCCUGAGGUGGGAGCCGUGGCAUGUGGCUUUGACCCCUACCUCAGCUACCUCAAGGUGAUGAGGGCAGCGUCGUACCUGGACAGACCCGGCUGCCUCUUCUUGGCAACAAACACUGAUGAAAGGUUCCCAGUGGCCAGCAAAGGAUUUGUGUAUCCUGGCACUGGAUGUGUGGUGCGGUGUGUGGAGACUGUGGCAGAGAGGCCCGCCACUGUCAUGGGCAAGCCUUCCACCAAGAUGUUCUCUGUCAUUCAAGAGAACAACAACCUGGACCCUAAACGCACCCUUAUGAUUGGCGAUAGGUGCAACACAGAUAUACUCUUCGGCAAGAACUGUGGCCUGCAGACUCUGGUGGUGCUGUCGGUCACCACUCAGGCUGACCUGGAGAAGUGGGCAGCCAGCGACGACCCCGACCAACACGCCCUGCUCGCUGACUACUGCCUCCCUCAGCUGGACGACCUGCUGGCCCUCCUUCACCCUCAGCAGGAACAGUGCUGAGUUUACACCUACACAAAACUCCAUUUAUGUAUUGAGACAGCGACUCUCUUUGUCUAUCCAUCUGUUUGUUUGUCUCUGGCUCACUUAAUCUAUCUAUCCCUCUAGAUAGCAAUUGGUUUUUCUAUCUGUGAAUACUUUUGUCUAUUCAUCAGCUUAUCUAUCAGUCUGUCUUCCUACAUAUCAAUCAGUAAAUCCAUUUGCCUAUACAUCAACUAAUCAAUCACACACACACACACACACACACACACACACACACACACACACACACACACACACACACACACCUGGUAGCUCAG